UUUUUACAGACAACUGCCCUAUUUUUAAUUUUCAAAAUUUUCCUCCCACCCUACCUAUGUUGUUUGCAGAGAUUUUACUUAAUUUUGCUUUGGAGGACAUCUCAUCAGGACCUCAAUUAGUUUCUAGCGAUUGGUUCUAUUUUUCGAUAUUAUAUACAAUGCUGUAUGCCUUCUAUUCCUACCCUAUCACACCAGCAUUCAAUCGUUGGGGCAUUUACCUAAACUAUUUGGUACAUUCAUAUAUGUACUCUUAUUAUUUUCUUCGUUCAAUGAAAAUUAAAGUGCCUGGCCCAGUUGCUAAAUUUGUAACCACUAUUCAAAUUUGGCAAUUUAUUAUUUCUGUUGCCAUUCUAAUACAUCUUGGAUGGUUAACUUUUGUAGAAAAUGUAAAAUUUAUUUUUGUGUUAAUGAAAACUUGCAUAAGAUUAUUAGUAUAG